AUGUCCCAACCAAAAAAGGUCUGGGCCUCCCUCAUCACCAACCUCAACUACCUCCCGGGCCUCCUCACUCUGCACCACUCCCUCCUGCAAUCGCAAACCGCCUAUCCCUUUGUCGCCCUCUACACGCCUACCUUUCCGGAAUCCGGCCUCGCCGCUCUGCAGGCCCGCGGAAUCCCCACGCACGCCGUGCCCUACCUGUCCCCCGCAAACAGCACAAGGGACUACGCGCAGGACCCGCGCUUCCGCGAGACAUGGACGAAGCUCGUGGUGUUCUCUCUCGCGGAAUCCUACGAGCGGAUUGUCCUCCUGGACGGCGACAUGCUGGUCCGCAAGAACAUGGACGAGUUAAUGGAGAUUGAACUCGAUGCGGAACAGCGGGUUUUCGCAGCUAGUCAUGCUUGCGCCUGUAACCCAUUAAAGAAGACCCAUUAUCCUGCUUCAUGGACCCCGCAAAACUGCGCCUUCACUACCCAGCACCCCACCCCGUCACAGGCCCAGAUUCAAGGCGCCCCUCCCUCGGCAGGCGUGGGCAUGCUUAACAGCGGUCUUCUUGUCGUGAGGCCAAGCGAGCGUGCCUUCGCAGAGAUCCAAGCCGUGCUGGAUACCCCCGCGAGAGCAGAUCGCUAUACCUUCCCCGACCAGGAGUUGCUCUCGGAUGCGUUCCGGGAUCGGUGGGUGGCGCUGCCGUAUGUGUAUAACGCGUUGAAGACGAUGCGCUGGGAGGGGGUGCAUGAUGCGAUCUGGCGCGACGACGAGGUGAAAAAUGUACACUAUAUCUUUGCCGUGAAGCCGUGGCAGGAUGAGCCGCCGCGUCCGGGGCCCGAUAUGGAUAUUGUGAAUGCGUGGUGGUGGGACGCAAAUGGGGAGAGGCAGCGGUUGGAGAGGGAGAAGGGGAUUACGGAUGGUCAUUGA